CCAACGGUCCAAAAGACGCCCUUGAUUUGGUGCACGUUUUUCGAGGAAGCUGAACUCAUCUUCUUCCCUUUCCCCUCUUUCUUUCUCUCUUCUGGAAUAUUCAUCAACCUCUCUGUCUCUCUCUCCAUCGCAUGCAAGCAAAUCCCUUAAAACCGCCAUGGAAGAUGCUGCUGUUCGAGUGAAGCAAGAAGCCAUCGAACAACACCACUCAAAGCGACCUCCGAACGCGAAUCGAAACCAAGAACCGUCGCACCCGAUUUGCUUGAUCGAUCUCAGUAGCACCGACUCUGAUUCUGAUCACUCUUCGUCUUCUUCCUCUGAUGGUAAUGAUGAUAGUGUUGUUGGAGUCAACGGGAAGAGAACUAGGAAGGGUUCGAGUGGUGCUGAGAGAGGUAUUUCGAAGAAGAAGAAGAAGAAGGAGGUGAGUGUGGCUUUGCCGGUUGGGUUUCUCGAUCCUCUGCCGCCGAAGAAUGCGUCGUUGCCGCCGCAAACGGCGGCUCUGAGGCCUCAACCGGCAUUGGUCCUCAAUGCGAAUGCGAACGUGAACAGGAAUGAUGAGAGCUGUAAGCAAUUUUGGAAAGCCGGUGACUAUGUCGGCGAGUCUGGUGGUGAUUGGGAUACAUCUUCAGGUGGCAUGGAUCACGUCAGGGUUCAUCCCAAAUUCCUACAUUCUAAUGCAACCAGUCAUAAAUGGGUCCUUGGUGCUUUUGCGGAGCUCCUGGACAAUUCAUUGGAUGAAGUUUGUAAUGGAGCUACAUUUGUGAACAUAGACAUGCUCAAAAGUAAGAAAGAUGGUAGCAGAAUGUUGCUAAUUGAAGAUAAUGGUGGUGGCAUGGGUCCAGAUAAGAUGCGGCAAUGCAUGUCCCUUGGGUAUUCUGUAAAAAGCAAAAUAGCAGAUAGUAUUGGACAAUAUGGAAAUGGUUUUAAGACAAGUACCAUGAGGCUUGGAGCUGAUGUUAUUGUCUUCUCCCGCUGUUGUGGACAAGAUGGAAGGAGGCCCACACAGUCCAUUGGAAUGUUGUCAUACACAUUUUUGAGGAGCACAGGGAAGGAAGAUAUUGUAGUUCCCAUGCUUGACUACCAAGGAGGGGGACGGGAGUGGAACAAGAUAAUGCGAUCCUCUACCAGAGAUUGGAAUAUAAAUGUAGAGACAAUAGUGCAGUGGUCUCCGUUUUCAAAUGAAGCAGAGCUUCUGCGACAGUUCAAUCAGAUGAAAGAUCAUGGUACGCGUGUAAUCAUAUACAACCUUUGGGAGGAUGACCAAGGACAGUUGGAACUUGAUUUUGACGCUGAUCCAUAUGACAUCCAAAUUAGAGGCGUCAACCGAGAUGAGAAGAAAAUACUGAUGGCGAAACAAUUUCCCAACUCCAAGCACUUCUUGACGUAUCGACAUUCAUUAAGGAGUUAUGCCUCAAUUCUCUAUCUCAGAAUUCCACCAGGCUUUCGUAUUAUUCUUCGCGGGAAAGAUGUUGUGCACCACAAUGUUGUGAAUGAUAUGAUGAUGACCCAGGAGAUAACCUAUCGCCCGCAGCCUGGUACUGAUGGGGUCCCAAAGGAUUCUCAUAUGGUUGCCGUUGUAACUAUUGGAUUUGUGAAGGAUGCUAGAUUUCAUAUUGAUGUUCAAGGAUUCAAUGUUUAUCACAAGAAUCGGCUUAUUAAGCCGUUUUGGAGGGUUUGGAAUGCUGCUGGAAGUGAUGGUCGUGGAGUUAUAGGUGUAUUGGAAGCAAAUUUUGUUGAACCAGCUCACGAUAAGCAAGGAUUUGAGCGUACAAUAGUUCUUUCAAGACUAGAGACAAAACUAGUACAAAUGCAGAAGACAUAUUGGUCGACGCUAUGUCAUAAAAUUGGCUAUGCUCCACGCCGCAAUCAGAAGCUCAUCGAUUACAGAGAGACUUCUCCUGAUGAUCUUCCUCCGUCGCAAUCUAAAAAGAAGAAGAAUACUGGCUCAAGCAGCAAGAUACCUAUUUCAGUUUCAGACAAAUUGCAAUCACAUUUGAAUCAAAAGCAGGGAACGAGAGGAUCAGAAAUAUAUCUCAAAACGGUGGACAAGAGUCACUUGAAUGGACAUGUGUACACUAAUGGGGAAAAUAAAACCACAACCUCUGCAAAAUCGGCAAAAGGACCAAAUUCUUCAGAACCAUCACCACCCGUGGAUGUCAGUGAUGAUGAGAUGCAAACUGCCCCAUCUGAGAAACAAGCAAAUGGAAGUUCUCAGAAGGUAUUGCCAGCUAAUAAGUCUUGUGGGAAGGAUGACUCUCAUAUAAGUAGGUCAUCCCAGAACUUGGGAAAUACAGAAGCUGAGGAAGAUUGUGCCUUGGAUGGAAGACCUGUUCAAAUCACCACACCUUCACAGACAAAGCAGAGAGAUGGUAUCAAUGGAAAUGACUUUUCUCCUUCAAACUACUCCAAUUCUCAUGCUUUAGAUCAGUUGAAAGAAGAGAACUGCUGGUUGAAAGAAAGAUUAAAAAGAAGGGAACAAGAGAUUUUAGGUGAUUUGCUGAAUGAUUUACAAAAUGAAAGAGAUAAGCGCAAGUCACUUGAAAAUAAGCUUGAGGAGGCAACAAUAAAGAUUGACGAACUGAACAAGGAGCAGGAAAAUUUGAUAGGUAUAUUCACAGAGGAGAGGGAGCGACGAAACAUAGAGGAGGAAAAGCUGAGGAAGAAGUUGGAGGAUGCAUCAAAUGAAAUCGAACGUUUGCGUGAGAAGCUGAGGCUGUUAGAGAAGAUGAGGUCCCGCUAAGUACAAUCUUCCGAGAAGCAAUUAACCUAUAAAUUUGGUGAUUGUUUAUCCUGGAUAAAAGCCCCCCUCACCCAAAAAAAAAAUAAAAAUAAAAUAAAAUAGAUCUGACGGUAGAAGAAGCAUCAUUCUUUAAAUGGUUUUCUAACACGGGCCUUUAGUUACAUUGCCUUCCCCAACUGUCUCUUGUUAAUAAGCUAAUGUAUAGACAUUGUUACAGUUCAGGGGAAAGUGAACUUUGAAGUUCUGAAUCUUUCAUCUGCCGAGAUUGGUGUCGACCCCAUAUUUUGUUCUAGAAUGAUGCAAUGUAGCCAAGUCUAUUGAUGUUGUAGGCAAUAGUUUUGUAAUUAAUGGCAUUUUCUAGGGUUAAAAGUGUGAGGUUCAUUAAGGGUUUCUCGGGUGAUUAGAACGGCUUAAGCUGAUUGUACCUUAAUUUCUAUUAUCUUGCUGUAGCUAAGUGUAUUCGAUGUAGUUGCAAUAGUUUUGUAACUAAUAUUUUUCAGGGUUAAAACAUGUCCUUUUGAAUCUUGUAGCUU